UUUAUCUCCCUUUGACUUGAAGUUCAAUGCUCCAUCGAAAUAUUCACUUGUCAGUUAAUCCACCUGGACCACAUUAUGUAACUGUUAAAGAGGAUUAUCUUUACUAUCAUUAUGGUUGUGAUGACAUUCAAGAUCAGGGAUGGGGAUGCGGAUACAGAACAUUGCAGACUUUGUGCUCCUGGGUAAAAUUUCAACAAAAAGCCACGCGGGAUGUGCCGACAAUCAGCGAGAUUCAGAAAGCUCUAGUUGAGAUGGGAGAUAAACCAAAGAAUUUUGAUGGUUCUCGUGAAUGGAUUGGAAGCUUUGAAGUUUCAAUAUGCAUUGAAUUCUUUUUCAAUGUACCAUGUAAAAUUGUGCAUAUACGAUCUGGAAUAGAAUUAGAAGACCAUUUGGUAGCACUUGAAAGUCACUUCAAUGUGUUUGGUUCUCCUAUAAUGAUGGGUGGAGAUACAGAUAAUUCAUCCAAAUGUAUACUUGGGGUCUGUUUCAAACCUAAAAGUCUUCUGAUUUUGGACCCACACUGUUAUGAUAAAAAUCCUGCAGUAGAUCACAUGAUUGGUGAAGGACUUAUUAAGUGGAGGACGAUGGACACGUUUUUAGAAAGUUCCUUUUACAAUUUAUGUUUACCACAGCUUAAGUGUAAUACAUAACAAUGACGUAGACACAGUUUUCUUGCGAUGUUUUUUUUCUUCUAUUCUAUCAAUAGAUAAAAUAAAAAUAAAUACAAACCCAUAUGAUCCCAUAUUAUCAGUAUAUUCAAACUACUUGGCCUUUCAUGCGUAAACGUAUAUACUAAAGACAAGUAUUUCGCGUUCAGAAAUAGGAGUAAACGCGAACUUGUUUAAAAUAGUGUUAACCAGAAGCUGGUGCAGUCUAAAAUGACUCAUCGAUACUCGCAUAACGUUUAACGAAGAUUAUAAACAAAGUCGAAUAGUACUGAGAACCCAAAAUUUCGAUUGUAUUAUGGUAAUCUAUUCCUGGAGAAGAAUCAUUAUUAUUUGGAAAAAGUUUCAUAAAAAGUGUAUGUACAAUUAAAUGAUCAAUGAUUUAAUAUCAAUGAUAAAUCAUUUCAACACAGAAGUGCCGACUAUUGAUUGGUGCUACCAUCAGAGAGAAACAUCGAUCCAAGCAGAAAUUAUUUCUGUUUAUGUAAAUAUGAUCUUCAGCAGUUUCUUUGUACAAGUCAAUACGAUUUAAUAACGUAUACGAUAAAUGUAUGAUAGUUGCACACAAUAACCAGUUCUUACAUAUAACUACUUGGCGAUUGGAAUUUGAAAAACAAGAAACUAAGUAUUUCAAGUCGGCGCUUAAAUGUGUCCUCCUUUGUU